GGGACUACAGGCCUGAAAUCUUGUUAUUAUAAGUGGCUCUGCGGAAAUCAAUUAACAUAAUGCAAAAAUCCCCAUCUGUUUAAUCUACAGAUCUUUUUUUUUUGUUGCAUGGGCUGCUUCUCAAUCCACCACAUGCGCAGGUAUGGCCCCUUCCGUAUCUGUGGUGAAAGAUGGCAGAGGUAGAGCGAUGUUUGUCAGACUGAGACAUCCUGAAAAUCGGUCUUCUCACGAAAACGUCUGUAGUCUCCAACUGGUUUGGCCUGCAAACUAGCACUCUGUAGAAAGAUGAGACUCUCAGUUUUGCUCUACACCCCCCCACACACACACACACACACAAUCAUCACAGGACUCGUCUGAAGUUGGUACAGACUCUUUGUACAACUUCUGUCUGUAGCGUCCAAACAGUUUGUUCUACACACUAAUAUGACACCUCAGUGGAAAGUUGAGACUCCCACGGACACUUACAUGUCGGUUGUUUUGCUCUAGGUACCAGUUAAGUGCCCGAUCUGCCAGGGCACCAGGGCCUUCUGCCAGAGCCUUCUGCCAGGGCCUUCUGCCAGGGCCUUCUGCCAGGGCCUUCUGCCAGGGCCUUCUGCCAGGGCCUUCUGCCAGGGCCUUCUGCCAGGGCUGCAAGGCCAUUAACUAAAAUUGCUAAGUAAAUUGUUUUUAAAAAUGAAAAACAAUAGGUAUUCUGUGAAGAAAAACAAAAUUGUAUGUAAAUGUACAUAAGUAAUUAGCCUUUACGUCGAUGUGUAGGUGAUAGCCUAUGCCUAUUGGCUACAGCCUGUCAUGUCCAGACCAAUGCUGACAUAAAGGAGGAGCCUGAAAAUGUAGCCAAACUUUCUUGAGACUGAUUCCAUAUGUGUUAUUUUAUAGUUUUGAUGUCUUCACUAUUAUUCUACAAUGUAGAAAAUACAGAAAUCAGUAGGUGUGCCCAAACUUUUGACUGGUACUGUAUAUUGUAUACAUGUGGUUAGCAUGUUCAAUUAAUACAUUCUACUUUCUAAUAAUGUAAUGGAUGUUUUUUUUGUUUUCAUUAAGAUGUAAAACAGUUUUAUGUUAAUUAACAAAUGAAGUUGAUGUAAUAUAGACUGAAAUACUUUACUUUAAAAGCAUUGUAAAUGAUCUAGACCCAUGUUGGCAUAUUAACACACAAAAAAAAACCACAUGUGUUUCAAUUUUGGGAUUGGUUCAAGUUAAGUUUGGGACAGUUGAUAUUGCGGUACCGGGACGCUUUCGACACCUUGUGGAGUCCAUGCCCCAACGAUUUGAGGCUGUUCCGAGGGCGAAAGGUGUACUCCAGUCGCGGCAUGGUGACGGCCUCUAUAACUCCUACAUGAGAACUGACCACCUACUGAAGGAAGAAGCAGACACACACAGUCCCGCUGGCCUGCCCCCGAUACCCAAACACACUGUGAAUAAGCCAGGUGUGAUGCGGGACCAGAUCGGUGUUAGCGGGGGUCAGCUGAAGGCCAAGUACCCGUACGAAGACUCCACCUACAACCGCAAGGUCAAUGCUGUUACCACGACAACACACAACGGCAACAGCACCGCAGGACAGACCACCGGUAAACCCGCCCCGGUGACUGGGCUGUCUAAAGAACGCACCGCCGGACAGAUCACCGGUAAACCCGCCUCGGUGCCUGGACUGUCUAAAGAACGCAGCGCAGACAGUACGGGCUCCAGUAAGGGGUCGUCAGAGAGCACCGGACCCUGGGGGGGCAAACUGGUGGGCCCCCUGAUUCCUGAACAGGCCCUCAGACAGUACCGCUCACAACUUACUAUCCUGGAACAGACUGAGAUACACUCCUACCCAGAGGUAUAUUUCCUGGGUCCCAACGCUAAGAAGCGUCCUGCAGUUGCUGGGGGCAACAACAAUGGGGGUUUUGAUGACGAGCAGGGGGGUUACAUCCAUGUACCCCACGAUCACCUGGCCUUCAGAUACGAGUUCCUCAAAGUCAUCGGCAAGGGUAGCUUCGGACAGGUGGCGAAGGUGUACGACCACAAGCUGCAGCAGCACCUGGCGCUGAAGAUGGUCCGUAACGAGAAGCGUUUCCACCGCCAGGCCCAGGAAGAAAUCCGUAUCCUCGAGCACCUCCGUAAGCAGGACCGCUCCGGUACCAUGAACGCCGUCCACAUGCUAGAACACUUCACCUUCAGGAACCACAUCUGCAUGACCUUUGAACUGCUCAGCAUGAACCUGUAUGAGCUGAUCAAGAGGAAUAAGUUCCAGGGCUUCAGCCUGCCGCUGGUCAGGAAGUUUGCCCACAGCAUCCUGCAGUGUCUGGAGGCGUUGAACCGACACCGGAUCAUCCACUGUGACCUGAAGCCGGAGAAUAUACUGCUGAAACAGCAGGGACGGAGUGGGAUCAAGGUGAUAGACUUCGGUUCGUCAUGUUUCCAUCACCAGCGUGUCUACACGUACAUCCAGUCUCGCUUCUACCGUGCCCCUGAGGUCAUCCUGGGGUCACGCUACGGUCUCCCCAUUGACAUGUGGUCAUUUGGCUGUAUCCUGGCUGAGUUGCUGACAGGGUAUCCCAUGUUCCCAGGGGAGGACGAGGGGGAUCAGCUGGCCUGUGUCAUGGAGCUCCUGGGCAUGCCCCCUACCAAGCUGCUGGAGCAAGCCAAGAGAGCUAAGAACUUCAUCUCCUCCAAGGGUCACCCGCGCUACUGCGGGGCGAACACCUUACCCAGUGGGGCCACGGUGUUCACAGGCUCCCGCUCGCGCAGGGGGAAGCUCCGGGGUCCUCCGGCCAGUAAAGAGUGGAGCGCGGCCCUGAAGGGAUGUGAAGAUCUCACUUUCACAGACUUUAUUAAGAGGUGUCUAGACUGGGACCCUUCCAGCAGACUGACCCCUAGUCAGGCCCUCAGACACCCCUGGCUGUACCGACGCCUGCCUAAGCCCCUGGUCUCCGCCGUCGGGGAGAAGAAAGGAGCGACGGAACACCACUCUACCUCCUUACCGUCCAUCCUGCCGGCUAAAGGAGUGAGCGGCACGGCGGCAAAUCCCAACAAACUGAGAGCCAACAUGAUGGGAGACUCGGCAGGGUCCAUACCCCUCCGUACCGUGUUGCCCAAACUGGUCUCAUAGACAGAUGGCAGAGAACCGGGAGGGUUUAAAUUAGUUGGCUUCUUUUCUCUUUUUUUGGGUUUCUGUGUUUUUAAUUAUUUUGAAACGUGUGGACACUCCAGGUGUUGAUUUAGAAUUGUAUCUGAAGGUGCGUUGAUGAACCCGACCGUUGGACAGACCAUUAUAAAGGUUUUUUACAGCAGGUUUGACUGACUCUGUGAUUACUACAUAGACACCUUAGAGCAGCUCUGACCCUGCUGCUCUCCUACCUGAUCAGUCUUUACAGGUCUAGAUUAGGCCCUGAUGAGGGGAAUCAUCCACCUGGUUUCCCAGGUCUAAAUCAGGCCCUGAUGAGGGGAAUUAUCCACCUGGUUGUCCCAGGUCUAGAUCAGGCCCUGAUGAGGGGAAUUAUCCACCUGGUGUCCCAGGUCUAGAUCAGGCCCUGAUGAGGGGAAUCAUCCACCUGGUGUCCCAGGUCUAGAUCAGGCCCUGAUGAGGGGAAUUAUCCACCUGGUGUCCCAGGUCUAGAUCAGGCCCUGAUGAGGGGAAUUAUCCACCUGGUUGUCACAGGUCUAAAUCAGUCCCUGAUGAGGGGAAUUAUCCACCUGGUGUCCCGGGUCUAAAUCAGGCCCUGAUGAGGGGAAUUAUCCACCUGGUGUCCCAGGUCUAGAUCAGGCCCUGAUGAGGGGAAUCACACACCUGGUGUCCCAGGUCUAGAUCAGGCCCUGAUGAGGGGAAUCACACACCUGGUGUCCCAGGUCUAGAUCAGGCCCUGAUGAGGGGAAUCACACACCUGGUGUCCCAGGUCUAGAUCAGGCCCUGAUGAGGGGAAUCAUCCACCUGGUUGUCCCAGGUCUAGAUCAGGCCCUGAUGAGGGGAAUCAUCCACCUGGUUGUCCCAGGUCUAGAUUAGGCCCUGAUGAGGGGAAUCAUCCACCUGGUUGUCCCAGGUCUAGAUCAGGCCCUGAUGAGGUGAAUCACCCACCUGGUGUCCCAGGUCUAGAUCAGGCCCUGAUGAGGUGAAUCACCCACCUGGUGUCCCAGGUCUAGAUCAGUCCCUGAUGAGGGGAAUUAUCCACCUGGUGUCCCAGGUCUAAAUCAGUCCCUGAUGAGAGGAAUCACACACCUGGUGUCCCAGGUCUAGAUCAGUCCCUGAUGAGGGGAAUCACCCACCUGGUGUCCCAGGUCUAAAUCAGUCCCUGAUGAGGGGAAUCACCCACAUGUUGUCCCAGGCCUAGAUCAGUCCCUGAUGAGGGGAAUCACCCACCUGGUGUCCCAGGUCUAGAUCAGGCCCUGAUGAGGUGAAUCACCCACCUCGUGUCCCAGGUCUAAAUCAGUCCCUGAUGAGAGGUGAAUCACCCACCUGGUGUCCCAGGUCUAAAUCAGUCCCUGAUGAGGUGAAUCACCCACCUGGUGUCCCAGGUCUAAAUCAGUCCCUGAUGAGGUGAAUCCCCCACCUGGUGUCCCAGGUCUAAAUCAGUCCCUGAUGAGGUGAAUCCCCCACCUGGUGUCCCAGGUCUAAAUCAGUCCCUGAUGAGGUGAAUCACCCACCUGGUGUCCCAGGUCUAAAUCAGUCCCUGAUGAGGGGAAUCCCCCACCUGGUGUCCCAGGUCUAAAUCAGUCCCUGAUGAGGUGAAUCCCCCACCUGGUGUCCCAGGUCUAAAUCAGGCCCUGAUGAGGUGAACAGUGGUGCUGGCUUGGAGCUCCAGGGUCCUAGAGGUCAUAGCUGUUCAACAUUAUAUUCUAUGUGUUUAAUCAGCCAGGAUCAGCUGUUCUACAUGAUAUUCUAUGGGUUUAAUCAGCCAGGAUCAGCUGUUCUACAUGUUAUUCUAUGGGUUUAAUCAGCCAGGAUCAGCUGUUCUACAUGAUAUUCUAUGGGUUUAAUCAGCCAGGAUCAGCUGUUCUACAUGUUAUUCUAUGGGUUUAAUCAGCCAGGAUCAGCUGUUCUACAUGUUAUUCUAUGGGUUUAAUCAGCCAGGAUCAGCUGUUCUACAUGAUAUUCUAUGGGUUUAAUCAGCCAGGAUCAGCUGUUCUACAUGAUAUUCUAUGGGUUUAAUCAGCCAGGAUCAGCUGUUCUACAUGAUAUUCUAUGGGUUUAAUCAGCCAGGAUCAGCUGUUCUCAUCUCCACUGUGUUUUGCGGUACAGCCGGUUUCUCAAACUCGGUCCCGGGGCCCCUCUUGGGUACACGCUUCGGUUGUUGUCCCAGCACGACACAGCUGACUCAAAUAAUCAAAGCUUGACGAUGAGUUGGUUAUUUGAAUCAGCUGUGUCGUGCUAGGACAACAACUAAAACAUGUACACACACACACACACACACACACACACACACACACACACGUGUCUGCCCUUGUCUGAGCGGUGUAGUGUCUAUAUAUAUAAGGGCUAAAGGAGAUCUGUUUGAUCACGUAGCAACAACCAGCUUAUAAAAUCAAUGAAUCGUGUUGAUGUUACAAGUCCUUGUGAAGAGACGCGAACCUCUCUGCAUCUCCGGCACAGAACCAUAGCUUUCAUCACAGAUCACCUCGUUAGAUCAUUGAGCUGAGCCAGAGACUGGGCUCAUCUCUCUGCUAAAUCACAAUGUUUAUUAAAUCAAUGUUUACAGA